UUGUGUAUGUGUUUUGUGUUAGAUUUGUUGACUGUCAUUUUCGCGGAGGUGUCGAUUUUAGAAUUCGGCGUCAGUCUGCAUUUUUAAAUCAAUUUUAUUAUAUUUUUUCCACUUGAUACUUUCUAUUCGACAAGAAAUAGUUUAAUACUGUUAAAUCAUGGCGGCAACAAUAUAAACAAUAUUUCAAGUUUAGCCAGCAUUUUAAAAACAGUGGGCUGUAUUAAUUUAUUAAAUAAAAAUGUAUCGAACAGACAAGCAAUUUAUGAAAAAUCCUGCAACGGCACCUUCGAGAAUAUACAUUGGAGGUCUCCCCAAAGUUGUAAUUGCUGAUGACUUGGAUAGCAAAUUCUCCAAACACGGGAAUAUUUUAGGACUGGUUAUAAACCAGGGAUUUGCAUUUGUCCAAUACAAUACUGAAAAUGAGGCGCAGGCCGCUAUUAAAGCUGAAAACGGUACCAUGAUGAUGGGUAGGAAGAUUAUUGUUCGCCAGGCAUUUCCUCCUAAAGCAAAUAAAGAUAUUGGACCACCUCCUCUCAAUCAAGGACCAUCGCCAUUUAAACCUGAUACACCUCAAGGCAAAGGUAUACCAAGCCUCAUCCCACCUUCUGGUGAAUCUGACAGAAUUAAUUUUGAACCUCCAGAUCAUAAAGCAGACAUGCAGGAUAAUAUGGAUACUGGACCAAAUGCUCGUACAGGCCAUAAAUUUGAUAUGGGACGUGAUAGAGGGGUUAGAGGUGGAAGAGGUGGUGGUGGCAUUGGUGCAGGACCUAAAUCCCGUGAUAGAUUUGAACCAGCCAGGGACUUGUUUCCAGAGAGAGACAAUUAUUAUUUUAUGGAUAAAUACAAUGCAGGACCCCCACCUCCGGAAGUAGCGUUACCGCCAUCUGAGAAAAACGACUGUGAAAUUAUUGUCGUCUCGCGAACACUGACGGAAUAUGCGGAAUUUAUCGAAUCAAGAUUAAAGCAGCUAGGCCUCGUUGUGGACUUACUAUUUCCAAACGAAGACGUGCCCAUAGGGCGAGUGUUGGCUAAUAUUUCCAGUAGGGGUUGUCUUUAUGCCAUACUGGUCAUGCCUCAAAAUGAAGAACAUCGCAGUUUGACUUUGAAUAUUUUGCACACUAUUCCUCAAGAACAUAGAAAUAUGCCUCUUGAUGAUGCUUUGAUUCUUAUAUCAAGAAAUUUUGAGGCUUACAUGAGAGGAGAGGAGCUGAAGCCAGUGGAUCCCAAUAAACCUGACCUAGCAGACAGACACCCACAACCUAUUCAGAUGCUCAUUAAUCUAUUAGCCGAGAACAGAAUGUUGACAUCAUCUCAAUACGACCGCAUUUUAAAGUAUCUCCAAGAAAGAAAAGAUCUACAAUACGAGCACGAAGUUGCCGAAGGUGUCACGCAGGAUUCGAACGAAUCCGUUUCAAAACAGACGGAACUUCAGAGCAGAAUACUAAACAUUUUGAAUAAAAAUCCGGAACCAGUCAUCCCCACUUCCAUAACGGCUCCGGAACCGGUCGCUAAAGAUUCCUCGGCGCCCAUUUUGAAAGAUCCAACUGUACAAAAAGCUUUGGAUAGUAUCCUGUCUGGCGAUAUGUUUAAGGCAAUUGCGGGAAAUAUAUAAGUUAAAUUAAUUGCGUUUUAUUAUAAAAGUCACUCUGUAUAACUUUUAAGGCUAUAGUAAAAAUCUACUUGUGGCAA